AUGGUGCUUGGUUUCUUUGAAGAAGAGAAAGUAUAUGACUUCAUUAUCGUUGGCGGUGGAACUGCAGGUAACUGCGUCGCAGGCCGUCUGGCAGAAAACCCCGAUAUUUCCGUUCUCGUGAUCGAGGCCGGUACGGACAAUCCUCUCAAGGAAGAAAAGAUCUCGACUCCGGCGCUGGCAUUCCAACUUGUCGAAAGUGAAUAUGACUGGCAGUACCCCAUCACGUUCUGGGAUAGAAAGGGCGAGAAUAGGCAUGAAGCCAAGAACACAAGAGGAAAGGUCUUGGGCGGAAGCAGUUGUCUGAACUACUACACUUGGUUGCGUGGAAGUCGUCCCACGUAUGAUGAGUGGACCGAGCACGGCGGCAACGAAUGGAGUUGGGACAAGUGCUUCCCUUAUUUCCAGAAGCCUGGCAAAAUGCACGACAAGCACCAGAUUCUCGACCACGAUCCUGCUCACGUCGCCUCGGACGGCCCUCUAACCAUCAACCCCGCCAUACCCAUCCCACUCGCAUCCAAAUUGCAAGAAGCAUGGAAGUCACAGGGUCAUCGUCUCAGCGACGACAUCUACAACGGGACGGUCAAUGGUCUUGCGCAUGUCUGCCACACAAUCGAUUCUGGCCAUCGUGUUCCCUCGACUGUUUUCCUCCAGGGCCACAAGAACAUCACUGUCAAGCCGCGUACCAUGGUUCAUCGUCUGCUCUUCAGCGGCGAAACAUGCGUUGGUGUCCAGACACAUGCUACCGACGAGUCACACGCGUACUAUGCCCGCCAAGAAGUUGUUGUCUGCGGCGGUGUCUUCGAGAGCCCGAAGUUGCUCAUGCUGAGCGGCAUUGGGCCUUCCGAACAAGGAUCCAUGACCGACCUGACAGCAAUCUCGUCCGGCAUUGGUCACAGCGUCCACUCCCCACAUGUCGGUCAAAAUAUUCAAGACCAUCCCGUGGCGCCGCACUCGUUCAAGUUGAGAGAUGGACACAGUCUUGACGAUGUGCUCAGACCCGGCGUCAAGAAUCUUGAAGCGAUGGCUGAAUACAAGCUCGCCAAAAAGGGUCCGUUGGCCUCGAGUCUCCUGGAGAUGAGCGGCUUCGCACGAGUAGACGACAAGCUGAAGCAAUGCAAAGAAUGGAAAGAGGAGGAGGAGAAGAGAGGCUAUGAUCCUCUUGGUCCACAAGGCCAGCCACAUUUCGAAUUUGACUUCCUGCCAUGCUUUGCUUCACCGUUCUUGCCUCAUGUUCCCGAGCCCAACAAAGGGAACUACAUGACAAUCGUCGUCUCUCUACUUCGCCCACUCUCCCGCGGCUCUCUGACUCUGAGGUCCGCAGACGCCCUCGACUUCCCACUGAUCAACAUGAACUAUCUCGACCACCCGCUCGAUGGCGUCGCAUUGCGCGAAGGUGUUCGCUUUGUCGACGAAAUCGUACUCAAAGGCGACGGCAUGAGAGACAUUGUCAUCGGCGAAUAUCCUGAGGGUGACGGUGGCAUUGUCAAAGGAGAAGCCAAGGCGAAGGGGUCAGGUGAUGGGGUCUAUGGCGCUGUCAAGGGCGAAGCAGACGAAGGAAAGAGUGUUGAAGGUGAUCCUAAGCACAUGUUGGGCUUGGACAAGGUGAGAGACAGCGACGAGGGCAUGACUGAAUGGUUGAAAGGACGCGUGACCAGUGGAUAUCAUCCCUGCGGCUCAUGCAGAAUGGGUCAGACCAUCGAGGAUGGCGUUGUCAAUGGUCGUCUUCAAGUUCAUGGUGUCCGCAACCUUCGCGUGAUCGAUGCCAGCGUCUUCCCUCUCAUACCGGAUGCGCGUAUCCAGAAUCCUGUUUAUAUGGUUGCUGAGAAAGGAGCCGACUUCAUCAAGCAGGACCAUCCUGCACUGUAUCAGCCCAAGGAGGGAUUGGUUGACAGAGUCAAGGAUUUGGUACUGUAG